CUUUUUGUUGCGCCUGUGCUGUUUCUGUGAACGGUCCAGUUCAGGAAGAAGAAAUAAUGGCGACGCUUCAGGGGUCCGAGUCCCCUUUUACUGGAGCAAAAAGAAGACGUUGUCAGGGCAAUAUUGUCACAAAGUUCACGAUCAGUAAAGUUAGUGGCCGGGGAUUCAGCCGAGGGACGCAGCUCCCGGGAGGCUUGCUUCAGGAGAGGGAUAAACGUGCAAAGUGGCAUGGCAUCCCCACCCUCCUUCAGAAACUGUACGAGAGCAGCCAUCCUAACAGUGACUUCUCCCAGGCUCACAGUCUCCUUAAGGUAUUAUCAUCACAACUGUCCAUGGAGGCCAUGUCUUUUGUCACUGAGGAUAGAAAGACUGCUCAGGAAUCCACCUUCCCCAACACUUACACCUUUGAUCUCUUUGGUGGAGUUGAUCUGUUGGUAGAAAUCUUAAUGAGGCCCACGCUAACUAUGCAGAAGAAGAAGCCCAAAAUGAAUGAUGAUUUGGUCAAGGACUGCCUCAGUGUUCUCUACAACUGCUGCAUAUGUACAGAGGGGGUCACAAGGAGCCUGGCAGCAAGGGAUGACUUUGUUCUGUUUUUGUUCACCUUAAUGACAAAUAAAAAGACUUUCCUUCAGACUGCUACUUUAAUUGAGGAUAUUCUAGGAGUCAAAAAGGAGAUGAUCCAGUUGGAGGGCAUUCCUAACUUGUCAGGGCUUGUCCAAAGCUUUGACCAACAGCAGCUGGCAAACUUCUGCCGCAUCUUAUCUGUCACCAUCUCUGAACCGGACGUGGGAAACGAUGACAAACACACACUUCUGGCUAAAAACGCUCAGCAGAAACGCAAUGCCAGUCCUUCACGAGCUGAGGUUAACCAAGUCACCUUGCUUAAUAUUCCUGGCUUCAUUGAGCGUCUUUGUAAGCUGGCCACCCGGAAGGUAUCUGAAGCCACUGGGGCAAACUUUCUGCAAGAGCUAGAGGACUGGUACACCUGGUUGGACAAUGCCCUGGUGCUGGAUGCCCUUAUGCAGAUGGCCACUGAAGAGGCAGAGCAAAGCAGCACUGAAUCAUCGGAUGAGAGUUCUUUGGCAACUAGCCCACUCAGACAUCGCCUGCCACAGUCAAUGAAGAUUGUCCAUGAGAUUAUGUACAAAGUGGAAGUGCUCUAUGUGCUGUGUGUCCUCCUUAUGGGCCGUCAGAGAAAUCAGGUUCACAAGAUGUUGGCAGAAUUUCGGCUCAUUCCAGGCCUCAAUAAUCUCUUUGACAAGCUGAUAUGGAGGAAGUACACUUCUUCAAAUCAUGUGGUGCAUGGCCAGAAUGAAAACUGCGACUGUAGCCCAGAAAUCUCUUUUAAGAUCCAGUUUUUGCGUCUCCUCCAGAGUUUUAGUGAUCACCAUGAGAACAAGUAUCUCCUGCUGAACAGUCAGGAGCUGAAUGAACUGAGUGCCAUAUCCAUGAAGGCCAACAUCCCGGAGGUGGAGGCACUGGUGAACACUGACAGAAGCUUGGUGUGUGAUGGGAAGAAGGGUCUUCUCACACGUCUGCUUACCGUCAUGAAAAGAGAGCCCCCAGAUUCAUCCUUUAGAUUUUGGCAGGCUAGGGCAGUAGAAAGUUUCCUCAGAGGAGCUACAUCUUAUGCAGACCAAAUGUUCCUAUUGAAACGAGGACUUUUAGAGCACAUACUAUACUGUAUCAUAGACAGUGGCUGUACUUCACGGGACGUCCUACAAAGUUAUUUCGAUCUGCUUGGAGAGCUCAUGAAGUUCAACAUUGAUGCAUUCAAAAGAUUUAAUAAAUAUGUGAACACUCCAGAAAAGUUUCAAACCUUCCUGACACAGAUCAACAGUUCCCUGGUGGACUCAAACAUGUUAGUACGCUGCAUUGUGCUUUCGUUGGAUCGCUUCGAAAGCCAGACUGAGGAUGUCAAAGUAGUGGAGGUGUUGUCUGAGUGCUGCCUGCUCUCCUACAUGGCCAGAGUAGAGAACAGACUGUCCUUCCUUUUCCGACUUGUCAAUAUCAUCAACGUACAGACGCUCACACAGGAGAAUGUGAGCUGUUUAAACACCAGUUUGGUAAUACUGAUGCUGGCCCGAAGGAAAGCAAAGCUGCCCUUCUACCUCAACGCUCUACGAGAGAAGGAGUACGCUGAGAAGUACCCGGGCUGUUUGCUCAACAAUUUCCACAACUUGCUCCGAUUUUGGCAGCGCCACUACCUCAACAAAGACAAAGACAGCACCUGCCUGGAGAAUAGCUCCUGUAUACCUUUCAGUUACUGGAAGGAGACUGUGUCAGUACUGUUGGGCUCCGAUAGAACUUCUCUCUGUGCCAUUACCAGCUAUAUUGAUGAGCCCUUUGUGGAUUUGGACAAAGAUCUUCUGGAGGAUUGACCUGUGGGAGUUUGUCUAAGGAAGCAGUCACAGGGAGCAUGGAAACCUGAAGCAAAUAAAGGACUCCCCUGAGCCGUGCGUCCAGGUGCUCUGUGACUGUUGUCAAUGACUGACUCGUCUCACUAGAGGGCGCCGUCAUACUUGCAGUGAAUUCCUCACUCAAGGCCUCUUCAGAGGAUGGGGAACUUGUGCCCACCUUAAAACGCUUUAUUAGAGACAUCCGAAAACCUCUGGAGAGAAAUUGUGGUGGCUGUGUGCGUUUGGAUAAAAUAAAUGGAGCCUUUUAUAAGAUAGUCUUUAAUCCUAUUGGACAAAAUGUAUGAUUUCACAGACUUGAUAAUUUCUCCAAAAAUGCUCGGUCAUAGGCCUAGUUUCAUCUGUGCCACAUAGUCGCCGGCCUGUGGAAAGGCUGGCUCUGCAGAGAUCUUAAGUCCAUGUUGAUCUGAUCUCUGUAGGAUAAUGUAUUAUGCGCAUAAGUGACGUCUAAUCAGCACACAGGUCGAACGUUCAAAUCACUCAGCUCCUCACGUCCAGAGAACCACUCCGUACAAUGUUUGAAGCUCACCCAGGGACUCUUUACUUUCAGGUUACUUUUGUUGACUCCUUUUUAUCUUAAAACAAAGGCUUUUAGCUCUGGUAAAACUAGAAUAAACCAUUGCACAGAUUUUGUUUUUUUAACUGUUUAUUACUUUCUAACAAGCUUGUUGAUUAAAGUAUCUUUAUUUUGUAACAGAAUGUGUUCAAGUUGUAAAAGAUAUUCUUUGGGAAGAAAAUAAACUAUGCAGGCUCAAGUGUGCAUACAUCACACAUUGUUUGACUGUAAAAUUUGAGGCCUAUUUACAAUACAAGUGAAAAGUUUGGACGCUAUCAAAAUAAAAGACAAGAAUGACAA